UGGGCUCUGCUGAGUUCUUCAGAGGCCAACGGCAAGCCCCACCAAUGGGCUACAGCCCACAUUGUCUUCUGCCCUGCGUGCAACAAAGGCUGGUACAGCCAUGGGCCACAUGACAGGCAGGUUUUCCUUCCAGUCAGCGCGCCUGGGUCAGUGAGUCCCCUUGCACGCGUGCCGACAGGCAAUGGCACGCAUAAAUUGCUCUUCUGUUCAAAUUGGAUUCUGAUUCUUAAAAACAAUGGAAAAUGUCCCAGAUACGGAAUAAGACAUUUUAUGAAUUAAAAUGCUUAGCAAGGCUGGAACACCACCAACUGACCACACAGAGAGGUGUUUUCUCUGGGUACAAGAGGCAGAGCGUCAUACUUUCUACCUGCUCAGUGUCCUGACAUCCCUCCUUCAAUUUCCGUCUGGGUUUUUUCUUUCUUUCCCCCACCGAACCUCCUCUGCUCAUAGAAAAUGACUCAAAACUUCAGUCUCCACGUAUCUGCAAAGCUGACGCAGGGUGUCAGUAUGUUAUGGUGCGUCCCUUUGGACGUAUACUUUUGGGAACUUGUGCUCCCCGGAAAGAUUGUGUCCAUCCGGAAAGCCUGCUGUCACGUGUCCCGCACUGCACUGCGAAGAUAUCUGGGCACCUCACGCGAAGCCUCGCCGCGCCGGGAGGCCCGGGGCUGUUUCCCAUCGGCCUCGUCCUCGCGUGGCCUCUGUAAGUCGCGAGUAACCCACGCGCUGGAGACGCGGCGGAUAGGCGCGUGGGAAGCGCUGUUACGCAGCAGCCUCUGCGCACUGCGGCGGCGCGGAGCCAAUGACAGACUAGCAGGGACGUGCACGUCGUACGCACCGCUGGGGCGGGAUUUCCGGCGUCCCCUGGAGCUGGCCGCGUCGCUGGCUCCCGGCCAGUUCACGGGACCUAGGACCCCGGAACGCUGGCGGACCGCGCCGGGACGGAGCGGACAGCGCGAGGAGAGGCGUGGUCCGCGCUGCACAGAAGCGUGAGUUCCGACGGAGCCGGGCCAGGGGCGCGGCGCCCUCGUUCCCGGCCCGAGCUGCGCACCGGCCGGGGGUGGAAGCACGCCCGCGAGCCCGACUCAGGUGGGUGCUGCAUCACCCGGGUCUCUUCGCCCGCCGGUCUCCCUCCCACUCUUGAAACCUACAGCCCUGAUUGAGGGGCGCGUCCCCCGUCCAGGACAGAUGGAGAUGCGUGCGGGGUCCCCAUUUCGGCCAGUUUCCUGAGUGGGGCACGUGUCCCUGGUCAGGGACUGUCCGAAGGCUUGCAGGUGCUGCUGCGUCUGAGUCUAUGUGCUCAGGGAGGCGAGGGUCAGGAGUGGCCUUGCAGUGGCCGCCUGCGCAGCCGAGCUCCGUGGAAGGAUGUGAAAGGAGGGCAGAACGCGGCGGCACAUGCCCAAAGGAGAAGUUUAACGAGGACAAAUAGGCCGAGGAAGCCGCUCAGGGAGACCGGAGGGGCAGACACGGCGAUACAUUCCCAGAGGAUUACGGGUCCCUCAGUGGUGACAGAAAUGCUGGUGGACUCUGCGCAGGGGUACAUUUGUGCGGUGUUCUGGGCGCAGGAUCCAGAAUGCUUCUGUAGUUGGAGGAUGGAUGUCCCGCCAGUCAGCAGUAAGACGGGUCUUUAGAGCGAGCACGAGGGCUCGGGCUUCGGCCGUGUCCCAGCUGUCCCAGCCUCUGGAGUGGCCCUGCUCAGUCAGCGGUCGGACAGACAGGGCAGCGUGUUCAGAGGCCCCAGAAUGUCUGUGGCAGAGACCUGGGUGGCGAGGGAAGGCUGUGACAGUGGAGGGGCCGCAGACACGAGAGGUGCAGUCCGAAGAGGGGUGAGUGGGGCUCUGUGGUCUUUGAGGACGUGGCCAUACAGUUCUCCCAGGAGGAGUGGAACCUCCUGGAUGAGGCGCAGAGGCUCCUGUACCAUCAGGUGAUGCUGGAGAACUUUGUGCUCCUGGCCUCCCUGGGUUCUCCACAUGGAGCCCAGGAAGGGGAGGCGCCUUCGGAGCGAGGUGACUGUGCUGGAGUGCCACAGGUCAGGACUCCAAAGGCAGGUGCGUCCACCGAGGAGGCCCAGCCAUAUGAUACAUCCGGCCCACUCCGGACAGACAUUUUGCAGGGGGCUGAGCACGAUGGGACACAGCGUGCAGAAGGGCCACACACUCGGGGGGCACACCCGCGCCAGCACCGGAAGGAGCAGAGCAGGUGGAGCCCUUCCCUCAUGGCAGGCCACAGGGUCUGCAUGGCAGAGAGGGGCUGGACGUGCGGGGAGGGUGGGGGGCGCUUUGCAGGCCUGCCGCCCCUGGCCGCCUGCAGUAUGGGGGAGCCACAGAGGGACAUGGAGUGUGGCGAGGCCUUUGAAAGUGGGCAAAGUGGUCACAUGUGCAGCGAGUGUGGGGAUCCCUGCUGCCCGAGACUGAUGCUAGUUGAGCACCAGGAAUUCCACACUGGAGAAGGACCUCAUGAGUGGGGUGGCAGUGGGCCUUUCCUUAGGCACGACUCUGCCCUCACUCAACAUUGGGAAAAUCACAGUGGAGAAAAAGUUUUCAGGUGCAGCCAAUAUGAGAAAUUCUUUAGGCACAACUCCACACUCACGAGCCAUCAGAAAGUUCACUCCAAAGAAAAGCUGUAUGAAUGCAGUGAAUGUGGGAAAACCUUUAUGUACAGCUCCAGUCUCAUUAAACACCGGAGAAUCCACACUGGAGAGAGGCCUUAUGAAUGCAGAGAAUGUGGGAAGUUCUUUAGGUACAUCUCCAACCUUGUUACCCAUCGCAGAAUUCACACUGGAGAGAGGCCUCAUGCAUGCAGCGAAUGUGAGAAGGCCUUCAUUAGACGGUCCCAACUCCUUCAGCAUCAGAAAAUGCACACAGGAGAAUGGCCUUAUAAGUGCAGCCAAUGUGGGAAAGAUUUCAACAGCAAAAUUAUUCUUGUUGAGCAUCAGAAAAUUCACACUGGAGAAAGGCCUUUUGAGUGCAGUAAAUGUGAAAAGGCCUUCAUCAGAAAGUCACCCCUCAUUCAGCAUCAGAAAGUUCACACUGAAGAGAGACUUUUUCAGCACUGUAAAUGUGGGGAAUUCUUUACACGAAUGUCUGGACUUACUGAACACCUGAGAUACCACACUACACCAAGGCCUCACGAGUGCAGCAAAUGUGGGAAAGCCUUCAUUAGAAAGGCCCACCUCACUCAGAGCCAGACGGUCCACACAGGGGAAAAGCCUUAUGAAUGAAGCAAAUGUACCAAGUGUUUUAGGCACCAAUCCAACGUCAGUAGACACCAGAGAGUUCACAGUGGAGAAAGUCUGUAAGUGCAGCAAAUGUGGGGGAUUCAUCAGGUACAACUCCAGCCUCGUGAAACCGCAGACACUUCACUGGAACAGAGCACUUAAGAGUCGCAACUGGUUCUUGAUCAGAAAAUCCACACUGAAGCUUUCUGAGCACCGUGAAUGUGGGGUUACACAACUACACUAUUACCUUAUUAAAUGCUGGAGAAUUCAUACCAGGUCAAGCCUUUAUGAGUUCAGCAAAUACAGCAAGGCCUUUGUUAAAAGUCUUGCCUCAUUGAUCACCAGAAAUCCACAGUGGAGGAAAGCUUUAUGAAUGCAGCUAGUGGGGAAUUACCUAGGUCCAUGCCAACUGUAUUGAAUACGCUUCAGAGACUCACUCACACUGGAUAUAGGCAUCAAGAGCGAAUACAAGGAAGGUAAAAAAGUCUAACAAAACUCCCACCUCAUUCAGCACCGGGGAAAGAGCUUGUGAGCACAGCAGCUGGGAAAGUUUUCAGCCACAGUUUUCUCUAAGUCAGCACUGGAAACUACGAUAUAUAUAGUUUUUUUUUUUUAAGUCAUGGUAACACAUCACAUAAAAUUUACCAUCUUACCCAUUUUUAACUGUAGUUCCAUAAUGUGACAUACAUUCAUACUGUGCAGUGAAUAACCAUAACUUUCCAUCUUGUGAAACUGAAAUCUGUUAAAACAACUUGACAUUCUCCCCUUCCUCCAUAACAACCACUGUUCUACUUGUGUCUUUAUGAAUUUUUCUACUGUAGGCCCCUCAUAAGAAGAAUCAUAAAGUUUUUGUGGUUUUGAGACUUUUAUAACAUAUAGCAUAUCCUAAGGGUUCAUCUUUGUGGCUUCUGUCUGAAUUGUCCUUCCGUCUUGAUGCUGAAUAAUACUCCAUUAUAUGUGCCACUUUUUUACUCAGCUGCCUACUGACACUGGGUUGCUUCUACCUUUUGACUUGUAAAUAAUGCUACCAUGACAUGAGUGUACAAAUAUUUCUUCAGUAUCCUGCUUUCAGUUCUUUUUGUCUGUGUUCCAAGAAGUGAAAUUGCUGGAUCAUGUGGUAAUGCUAUUUUUAUUUUUUUGAGAAACUGUUUUCCAUAAUGGUGGCACUAUUACACUUUCAGACCAGUUGUGCAUGAGAUUUGCUUUUUUUUU